GCGCAGUUGGGCCAGAGUAAUUUGUUGAUAUCCUAUUCACUAGUAUUCAUUUAGACCAUCGUAUUCUAUAGUCAGCUUUAUCCACAGCGCGGGAGUUUAAUUUACAACAGGAAGCAGAGCUAAGAUAAAUGUUUUCUAUAUGAGGGGCUGAUGGAAGACGCACGGGAUUUGGCUGAGCGCACUGCACGUUCAGAGCGGAAGCGCCGGGACUCAUUCGGGAUGUUUGAUGGCUAUGACAGCUGCAGCGAGGAGUCCACCAGCAGCUCCAGCUCAGAGGACAGUGAGGAUGACGUUGUGCGCUCCAUCCCAGCCAGCCUGCCCAUCAUCAAGAACAACGGACAGGUCUACACCUACCCUGAUGGCAAAGCUGGGAUGGCUACAUGUGAGAUGUGUGGAAUGGUUGGUGUUCGAGACGCUUUUUACUCCAAAACCAAGCGCUUCUGCAGCGUUUCCUGUUCCAGGAGUUAUUCCUCAAAUUCAAAAAAAGCUAGCAUUCUCGCACGACUUCAGGGCAAGCCUCCGACAAAGAAGGCUAAAGUCUUGCAGAAACAGCCUCUUAUGGCAAAGUUGGCAGCUUAUGCCCAGUACCAAGCAAGCCAACAGAACCAAGCCAAGUCUAAAUCUGUCGUUCCUGCAGAGAGCUUUGACUGGGGAAGGUAUAUCUGCAGCAGUAACACGGUGGGAGCUCCCGUCAGCUGUUUUAAGCAUGCCCCUAUGGGGACAUGCUGGGGAGACAUAAAGGAAGGAGUGAGGAUUGAAGUGCCCAACUCUGACACCAACCUCUCCACUAAGGUCUACUGGAUUGCAGAAAUUAUAAAGCUAGCAGGGUUCAAGGCACUGCUGAGGUAUGAGGGCUUUGACAAUGACACCAGCAAAGACUUCUGGUGUAACCUGUGCAUCCCUGAGGUGCAUCCAGUAGGCUGGUGCGCCUCCAGCAGCAAACCACUCGUACCUCCAAAAAGCAUACAGCAUAAGUACUCUAACUGGAAACCCGUUCUUGUGAAGCGUCUCACUGGAGCCAAAACACUGCCAACGGACUUUACUGCCAAGGUCCGUGAAAACAUGCAAUUCCCAUUUAAGAAGCUGAUGCGGGUGGAGGUGGUGGAUAAGAACUACUUGUGCCGGACACGGGUGGCUCUGGUGGAGCAGGUGAUCGGAGGACGCCUCAGGCUGGUCUAUGAGGACGAUGGCCUUGAUGACUUCUGGUGCCACAUGUACAGCCCUCUGAUCCACAACAUCGGCUGGUCACGCAGCAUUGGACACCGCUUCAAACGAUCUGAUGUCCCAAAGAAAGCUGAAGGACAGGUCGAUGCCCCCACACAACUCUUUCAGAAGGUAAAAGACGUUGAGCAGAGUGAGGAAUGGUUCAAAGAUGGGAUGAAAUUAGAAGCUAUAGAUCCCCUCAACCUCUCUGCUAUCUGUGUUGCCACGGUAAAAAAGGUGCUGGCAGAUGGUUACCUCAUGAUUGGUAUUGAUGGCUCUGAGGCCAUCGACGGAUCAGACUGGUUCUGCUACCACGCCAUGUCUCCCUCCAUCUUCCCUGUCGGCUUUUGUGAAAUCAACAACAUUGAACUCACGCCUCCAAAAGGGUACACUAAGCUGCCAUUUAAAUGGUUUGACUACCUCAGAGAAACGGGCUCAGUAGCUGCACCUGUCAAACUCUUUAACAAGGAGGUUCCCAAUCACGGUUUCCGGAUAGGCAUGAAGCUGGAAGCCGUAGAUUUGAUGGAGCCACGGCUGGUGUGUGUUGCCACGGUGACGAGAAUCGUCCACCGGCUGCUAAGGAUCCACUUUGAUGGCUGGGAAGACGAGUAUGACCAGUGGGUGGACUGUGAGUCACCAGACCUCUACCCAGUGGGCUGGUGUCAGCUAACAGGCUACCAGCUCCAACCACCUGCCUCACAAAGUAACAGAGACACACCUCUGUCUGUGCCCAAGCAGAAGAAGAAGACCCCUCAGUACAAAGGACAGAAGAAAAAGAGGAAGAUUCCGGUUGGUCGACGGCCCUUCAGUCAGUCAGGCAGGAGGAGGAGCAGCUUCUCAGGAGACGAAGAGCACAGCCCACCCACUUACUGUGUCCAGGGGCCUGCUCGGCCCCGAGCACACCUGCACCCCAUCCACAAAUCAGAGUCUCUGCUGCGGAUGAAGGAGGACCCGGCCGACGGGGACGAGUUCACCUUCACCCAGGGAACCUCGGACCAAGAGAGCAACGGCUCAGGCAGCUACUACAUCAAACAGGAGCCAUGAAGGGGCCCCGACAGGAAGCAGACAGGGGCCCGACAGGAAGAGACGACACAGAUCUGGAAGCCUGUCGGACCGGCUUCAGGCUUACUGAGAAACCCAAACGGGAACAUGUCUGAACUGCUGCUGCCCGGCAGCUGUGGGUACCGGAUCUCUGAGUUCUGACCCGACCCACAGACUCACUGAGCAGCUGUCACUGAGCCAGAGCUUCAGUUGUGUUGUUGCUUCGGUUGGUUUUUGGUUUUUGGCAGACGACAGAGACCUUUCCUUUGGAGCAGUACGGACAGAUGGCGUUUGGUUUGUUUAUAGUACUUGAAGAUUUGAAUUGAUUUCUACUAUUUUUGGGGUUGUUCGUUUUUUGGGUUUUUUUUGUGUUGUUUCUGUUGCAUUAACUUCUUCGGUGGCUGUGUGGAAAAUGUAACUUGUUGUUCCUUAAAAUCUUUUUAAAUGUUUUUUUUUUUUUACUCAGAGGUUUGUGGAAUCCAGGUUCCAGAUGUACAUAAGACAGACUGGUAGAGGUCCAGUGCAGCUCAGCAUUACUCUUCAGCUCUUCAGCUCUUUGUGUUUCCAGCUCAGCGUUGUUCCACAGAGCGCAGCGUGUAAAUCUCUUCCAGCUUGUAGGCUUCUGAUCAAAGUUUAGCCAAUUUCAGUCCCAGCAGCUUCCCCUCAACAAAACUUCUUCCUUUCAUUCGUAAGUCAACCGCUGGUUUCCCACGACAACCAGCUUUGUGGGUAGGACGUCGACAAAAACUGAGGGAAACUUUUUGGCGCAAGAUCCCCAAAAUGUUCUGAAUCCUAACUGUCCCCAAAAACCCUUCAGCCCAUUCCGUCGUGUUUCCAAUGUGUUGUUGUUAACUCUGCAUGAUGUUUCCAUGGGAACAGGCUGCCAGCCGCCCUCCCUCGGUCUGAUGCUGACGGUCUUAGCAGUGGCGGCGGUGUGAUCAGACUGGAACGGAACGUGUUCGGGGGGAGGAGCUGCGCUGCUCCUGUGGAGUCGGCUCAUUUACUGUUUCUUUACUGAUUAAACACUGAAUGCGUUCUACUGAGGAACCUUUCUGCUCAGGCUGGAACGAUCCCGCAGCCCUCUAAAGAAGCUGUUUUCAUUAUGUCCAUUAGUAAUAUGUGGGUAAUAUUUAGUGUUUUUUGUUUGUUUUGUUUCUCUGUGCUCCUGUGUGUGAGAUCUGAGCCACAGAACGACACGAUGCACUGCUUCCCCUGCAGUCCAGGCCACAGGCAGGAACACACAGAGCUCCACUUCCACAUUCACACGGUCUAACACAGAUAUAUAAAUAUACAUAUAUAAUAAGAUGGGACUCGUUGGGUCGUUUAAGCUAGACUUUAGCAGCUGUUUAUCUUCUACCUCGUGAUGCUGACAGCUAACAGAUCAACCACAGGAUGAGACGGAUGAUGGCAGCCAUAUGCAAACACAUCCUGAUCCCUUAGUGAUCCACACCAAACACAUCCAUUCCUUCUCCUGCAUACCAGGUCGUGUCAUGUCAAUGUUAUGCAAUACCAGAGCUUAUAUUGUUUGGUUAUAUGAAAUAAAAUUUAUCCCAGCUGCAGCCUCUCAGAUCAUUAUAGAAAUGUAAGGAAUAGAGUGUCUAACAGAAGCUUCUAACUGUGAUUAUUCAGGGGUUUCCAUGGAAUUGGCGCCGGAUGGAGAUGCAGGGCAGACGGUAGAAGGUCCACACGUAGGCUCAGAGUCACUUCUCAGGAUGUGUUCCUUUAGCUGCAGCUGGAGCUGUUGUUUUGGACCUGGGUGGGGGAGGUGGGGGGUUCAGGAUCUGCAGGGUUUUGGGAACUUGAAUUGUUUUCAUAUUCAUUAUUCUUCUCUGGAGCCAAAGCAGUGAGCCGAUGCGUCAGCCCCUCCACUGUCAGCAAAUCCAAGUCAAAUUCUCUUUCUGCUAAAUCUAACUGACUAGAAUUCAGUUUUUGGUUUCAGUUACAGUUAUGUUAGCGGUAGGGUGCACCGAUUACAGUUUUCUGGUCCAUCCUGGAUAUUUUAUUUUUUUCUCUUUCCUGGAAAGUAGCUCAGUUAGCAACAGUGUGGUGUUGCUAACUGAGCAUGUGCAGAUGUGACCUGCACAGGAUAUCCUCUGUGCAGAGGAUAAAGUUGACAGCAACUGAUUUUCAGAUUUUUCCUGUAGAUACGGUCGAGUUGUCAUGUAAAUCUGAAUGAAGGGCAGGUCUGAGCCAUCGGUGCACCUGCACUUAGCAACUUUUACUCUUUUUGUCAUUGGUGUGGAAAAUAUUUGACUUCUGUGAUCUAAAUGUUAUUCAGAUAUGAGAGCAGGUUUGUGAAUCUGAGGGAGAAGCAACAGCAUUAAAUCUGGUUUCGGCACAAUCACAACCAAACGACUGUUAAUCACAUUUAAAAUGAACUUUUUAACCAAGACUAGCUUGGAGUUUGUUAGCUGUUUAGCUGUAGUUGUUAGUGCUGCUAAAAACACAACCAGAUGCAAUGACCCAUCUACACUUUCAGCAAUAAUUUAUAGAAGUUGUAAUGAUUCCAAAUGAAUUUAUGGUUUAAUUUUUUAUCAAAGGAGAUCACCUCCUUUAAGACUUGUGAUAACAGCGUGCGCUGCGGUCACGGUUGUAUUUGGUUUGGAAACAUUCUGCCUCAGGUCUGCCAAUCCUGAAGGAUCUGUGGUUUCCUGAUGGAUGCAGCUCAUGUGAAACAGCUUUUAAAGGAGCAAUAAUCGCUGCACAUUAGUUCUGUUUGAGGUAGGAUGAAAGCAUUAAUGUUUUGGUCCCAAAAGCUGCUGCUGCUAAAGUAGGAGGAGACGAGAACAUCACUGUUAGAUCUAGGAAAUGAUUCUUGUAGAUAAGUCAACGCUCCAGUGUCAGCCUGACCCUGCUGCUCAUGGUCAGCCGCACAGGACGACAUGGAAGUGAUGAUUUGGACUCAUUUGCAGAAGAUUUUGUCCAGACGUGCUGAGCUGCAGGCCCCCUGCUCCCACCCCGUACACACCGUCUCUGUCCUGGGUCACUCUAGAUGUUGUUGGUCGUCCUCCAGUCGGUGUCUGUGGUCAGGAGCGUCUGGAAGUCCAACCCCACCAAGAACUGACAACUGUUUUUGGAAAUGGGAAGCUCAGGUCUGCUUUUCUGCAGUUUAAAGGUUUCAUUGAAAUGUUGUGAAAUUAGAAGCUAAAUUUUGCCCAAGAAAGUCAACUGCAAAUGAGUUUUUAACGGAUUUCUAAAGAACCGGUAACGACCGCCUGUUCUUAGGUGAUUGACUCGUUCUCUUGGGGUUUCCCUUGAAUUCGUCCCUGGUGGUUCUCCCUGCCCCCCUCCCCCUGCAGAUACUAACACGGGUCUUUUGUAUGUAAUAGCCCUCAAAUAAAAUCAUGAUAUAGUGGUGCUAUAUAUAAAUAUAUAUAUAUAUUUAUAUUUGAUAAGAAUGACAUAUUGUCUUGUUACUGUCAGAAGAUAAUUGUGUGUUCAGAUUAUGGUUUAUGGGGUAAAAAAGAAAUCUAUUUUGGAUACAAAUUUAAAUUUAGUUGGGUAAAUUUGUGCUGUGAUAAAUAAAGCUUUGAUAGACUUUGUAAAUAAAGCCAACUGUUUGGACCAACUAUAA